UAUGCCGCCAAGAGUUGGAAGCAUCCAAGCAAGAGGCAUAGGUUCGAAAGAGGAGAAGCAAGCAAAAUAAUAUGUUUUCUCAUUUUUUUGAAGAAACUUCAAGGUUACUUCCACAUGAUUAGUUGAAUCCUACAGCUUAUGAGUCUUCAUCAGGGGCAAACACAGCCCACUACGCGUCGUGGUGCAAGAAAUUGGGCUCACAGCUGGCCCUGGCCUACAGGUAGUCAAUUGCUUCAACAUAAAGACAAGUUGUUCGUCAGAUUGUUUCAUAGUAAAAUCUGAUAAAUAGUAUUAGUGAUUACUGGUAAAUAUAUGGCCAUGGCGGCAAUUUUGUCUCAUUUAAUCGAGCCUUUUAUUGCUACGAUAUCCCAUCUCACCGGGUGGUUUUCAUAUCCUCUUAUCUAGACCAGAACCCAAAGCUAAGGUUUUAAAGGUGCUCUCCCUCCUUCAAUUGCUCCACUUCUUAUUUUUUAUGAUAUGAAUCUCUCCUAUUCUGUUUUCUUACAGUGCUAUGUCAGCUGAUUUCCCGGUUGUUUAGAUUUUUUUUAUUCUUGGCAAGUAGAAAAUAUAUUUGUCUGUUCAAUCGGGACAUGUGCAAAGAUUUACUUUCCUUUUGUGAAUCUUUGAUUCUUUUAAUUAAGCAAUUUGACAGAACCAUAAGCUCAUAAUUUUCAUCUUCUUUCUUCAAAACCCUCUCUUGAUAUCCACAAUCGAUUCUUUAUGAAUGCGCUACUGGUAGGAUUUUCUAGUUACAUGAAUCAUCUGCACUUUGACCCUGGCUUAGUUUCAGUCUAUUCAAAUCAGAAUCACGGCCUUAUGGAUCCAUCUUUCCUUCCAACUAAUCCCUCCCUCCCUGGUGAUAACAUUUCAUCUUCUAGUACGGGCUCAAAUGGAGAUUCUCCAGACACCAGUGAGCUGUCUCAAACAACUCUCAAGUAUAUAAGCGAGCUGCUUAUGGAAGAAGAUCUGGGGGAUAAGAUGUGCAUGUUGCAGGACUGUUUGGCCCUCCAAGCUGCUGAAAAAUCCUUCUACGAUGUUCUUGGCCAGAAAUACCCCCCUUCACCAAAGCAAUUCUCUGUAAAUUUCAAUCAAAAGUCACACAGUCCAGAUGAUUAUUGCACCACUAGUAGCAGUGCUGAUAGCAGUAAUGACAGUUUUACUGCCAACAACUUGGUUCAACCCAAGUGGAUAAGUGAUAAGUCCUCUCUUACACAGACUUCUCUUAUUGACUCUACCCAAAGUACCUUUCUUUUACCAAGUUCAUAUAGUGAGAUACAGCCUGUUGGUCUCUUCAAUGAAUUAAGGGAAGUUAGUAAUUUCCUUUCUAAUGAUGAUGCUAUCUCUUCAGAGAGUAGCCUAUCAAAGUCCAGAGAAGAUGUGGUAACCAGCGUAGCAACGGAUAGGAAACACAGUUCACAAAAAGAAUCAAGGGGAAGAAAAGGUUAUGAUCUGGAGGAUGUUAAUUGUCUUGAAGAAGGGUGGAGAAACAAGCAUAUAGCGCUUUCAGUUUCUGAUUAUGAGCCAUCGGAGGAGUUCGAUGAAGUGUUGCUAUGUCAAUGUGAAAAUAGUGGUUUUGCAUCAUGUUUGAUUCAUGGAGGGAAAACUGGAAUAGGUGAAAAGAUGCAGCAGACUGGGCAGUCACAAGGGUCUAAUUGUGGAACAGCACGUACAAAGAAAAAAGGAAAAAAGAAGGAAGUGGUAGAUUUAUGGACUUUAUUAACUCUUUCUGCACAAGCUGUGGCUAGCUAUGACCAAACUUCUGCAACUGACCUCUUAAUGCAGAUUAGGCAGCACUCUUCUUCUUUUGGUGAUGGAACUCAAAGAUUGGCCUACUACUUUGCUAAUGGUCUUGAAGCCCGUCUGGCUGGCACCCAGAAACCGAUUUCUACACAUCUCCAUAGUAGGGCGUCGGCUGCUGAUGUUUUACAAGCUUACAGGGCAUAUAUUUCAUCAUGCCCCUUCAGUAGGAUGUCCUAUUACAUGGCAAACAGAACAAUAUUAAAAGUAUCUGAAAAGGCAACAAGGAUUCACAUAAUUGAUUUUGGCAUUGGCUAUGGUUUUCAGUGGCCUUGCCUUCUUCAGCAUCUUUCAAAAAGGACAGGUGGUCCUCCCAAGAUCCGUAUGACAGGCGUUGAAUUACCUCAGCCAGGGUUUCGACCUGCAGAAAGGGUUGAAGAGACUGGGCGACGACUAAAAUCCUAUUGUGAGAGGUUUAAUGUCCCAUUUGAGUACACAUCUAUAGCUGAGAAGUGGCAGAAUAUCCAGUUGGAGGAUCUCAAGAUUGACAGAGAAGAGAUGACGAUUGUUAAUUCUAUGUACAGGAUGAAACACUUGCCUGAUGACACAGUGGUCAUUAGUAGCCCAAGAGAUGCUGUUUUAGAAUUGAUCAAGAAAAUUGAUCCUGACAUAUUCAUCCAAGGAGUUGUUAAUGGUACCCAUAGUGCACCUUUCUUUCUCCCACGUUUCCGUGAGGCACUAUUCCAUUUUUCUGCAUUGUUUGAUUUGUUUGAGGCUACUUUACCUCGAGAAGAUCAAGGAAGGAUGCUAUUUGAGAGAGAAAUAUAUGGGAAAGAUUCUAUGAAUGUUAUUGCAUGUGAGGGUUUGGAGAGGGUUGAUAGGCCAGAAACCUAUAAGCAAUGGCAGGCUAGGAAUCUGAGAAUUGGAUUCAGGCAACUUGAGCUGGAUAAAUAUUUGAUGAACAAAGCAAAGUCUUUGGUGAAAUCGAACUUUCAUCCAGAUUUUGUUAUUGAUGAAGUCAGCAAUUGGAUGCUGCAGGGAUGGAAGGGGAGAUUAAUGUAUGCUCUUUCUUUCUGGAAACCUGUCCACCCUUGAUUAAGACCACACCCAUGAAUUCCUAAAGCUGUUGGUGGUGGCUCAUGAGAUGCUGUGAAGUAUAUUUCUUUUUGUUUACUAGCCUUGUGACUUACUAGUGUUUCCUAUGUAAGAGAAAAUUGAAUGCUAUAUAGUCAGGUUUCUAUGCUGUUGUGAUGAUUGAAGUACAUAAAAUUCUGGCACUAGUAUGCUUAGCUCAUAAUUGUACUGAGUCAUAAAGCAGAUGAAUGGAAAACCAAGUCUGGGGAGAAUUUCAGAUAGGAGUGUAGUGAAUUGAAAAAGCUUCUAAAGAAAAUUACACUAGUGUAUAGAUGGACUAAAGUCUGUUUGCUUAUUGACAUGUAAAUAAUGGAAAAUUUUACUAGAAUAAUCAACAAAACUGCUCUCUUGUUUAUGAAA